AUGUCUACUCUUCUGGAAAACGUCAUUGCCAUCAUUGACCUAUUCCAACAAUAUUCAAAAACAGACAAAGAAACUGACACACUGAGCAAAGAAGAGCUGAAGGAACUUCUGGAAAUAGAGCUUGGCCCAAUCCUGAAGAAUCCAGAUGACCCAGACACUGCUGAAGUAUUCAUGGAUAUCCUUGACAUAGACCACAACCAGAAAUUAGACUUUGAAGAAUUUUUUCUGAUGGUGUUCAAGUUGGCUAAAGCAUACUAUCACUCUAAAAGGAGACCGAAUUUCCAAACAUAG